GAAAUCCCCCCCCUCCAAGCCGCCGGCACCAGCUUUGGAAAAUUGGUGAGAAAGCUUGGAAUUUCUCCUUCUUUCUUGUCCAAGAACCUGAUUUGGAACCCAUAAAUCUUCCCCCCUGCUGGAAAAUCCGGAUCUGCCCUACUUUGCUCUGUCCUUCCGCCGGCUACUCCUGCUUUGUGGGGGUGAUUUGCUCCGGUUUUGGGUAAGAAACAGCUACCAAUCCCUCUGUUCUUGCUUGAAUUAACUUGGGUCUACCUUAAUUGCUCUUAUUUGCUUUAAUUUUGGGUAGUUCCCGUGAGCUUCCCCUGCACUUGCCGCCGGCUUCUCCCCCUGCCAAGUCCGGUUCUGCAACUGGAAAAUUUAUGGUUCUCGAUCGUUCUGUCAGUUAGUGUGUGAAUUGAGUGCUCGGUUUUAUGCGAGUGAGGUAAGUAAAUUUAUGGUAAUGCCCAUACUGUUUUUAAAAGCAUGUUUUGAUUUGUUUUUUAAGUGGUGGCGGGACUAAACCCGUUUUACACGAGCAUGACUGAUUUGAAGUGAAAUGUUUAUGUUUCAUUAAAUUGAGCAUGCCUACUUGAAAGUGAAUGUGAACUGUCCUGAUGAUCUGAAAGUGAUUGUGAAUUGUGAUUUUCCUGUUAACUUCUGCCUGUUUUGUCUCCGAUGUGGUCAUGUUAUUCGUGACCCUGCUAGUGGGGGAGGUUAUAAACGCUAGCACAUGUCGACAUGUAGUGAUAGAGCCGGUUCGUUCAAUCCAGCUAGUGGGGGAGGUUAUAAACGCUAGCACAUGUCGACAUGUAGUGAUAGAGCCGGUUCGUUCAACCCAGCUAGUGGGGGUUAUACACCAGCAAAUCGUGGCCCUGCUAGUGGGGAUUAUACACUGGCCGUGACCUAUAGAGGAGACGUUUAUUUCGUUCCCGUACUGUAUCCGUUUUGCGUGAUUGCACAUGUGGCAUGCUAUAAGUUUAAUAAUGGGCACUCCAUAUUUACUUACUGAGUUUAUCUCAUAGUUUUCCUUGUCCACCAUUUUAGGAAGUGAAACCGAGGACGGGGAAACCACAGGAAGUGACGAGUUAGAAGGCUAGCCAUAUUGUAAUUGGAUAUAAAUUUUAGAUAUGAAUCAUGAUCUUGUAUUUGGAGAUUUUAUAAUUUGAUCUUCAGAUUUUGAUGGUAUCAGAGUGUGAAUGUGAUAAGUUCCAAGCCUGGUGCAUUUGU